AUGGCAAAAUCAGCGCAGAUAACACUUUCUGACCGUAUUUUCAAUACAAAUGGUAAUCGAGCGGAAGUGGAUACAUUGAGUGAAAUUUAUCCAAUGUCAUUCCUUGAAGCUGCUUGGCAGACACAUGGGAUGCGAGGAUGGUCCAAAGCAGAUAUGUUCAACUAUUUCCCACUAUAUUUUCCUGGUAGCUCCCACUCUCAUUGGCUAGCCAUAUAG